AUGAGGUAUGUCGUCUUUCUUUGCGCUAGCGCCUCCCCCAAUGCCGUCGUCCAAGAACUCGCUGCAAGACCCGCCCCCGCGCAGAGACAGCCUCAGCUACCGCGCGCACCACCCCCGUCCUCCCAGCUCGUCGUCGUCGCUGUGCCUGAAGGUCUACCGCUUGCGGUCACGUUGGCGCUUGCAUUUGCGACGAAGCGAAUGACACAGGAAAAGUUGCUCGUGCGCAUCCUCGGGUCCUGCGAAACGAUGGCAAACGCAUCUGUCAUCUGCACGGACAAGACAGGUACCUUGACGCAAAACGAGAUGACCAUCGUCGCCGGCUCCGUCGGCGUUCACUCCAAGUUCGUGCGGCAAUUUGAGGACAACAAGGCGCGCUCGAACGUCGAUGACCUGAACACGUCGGACGACCGCAAGCGCGUGCAGGACUUCUCGCUCGACCAGACGCUCUUCAACGACACGAUCGCCGUAAACUCGACCGCGUUCGGGGACCGCGACGCUGCGACGGGCGAGCUCGUGUUCGUGGGCAGCAAGACGAAGACGGCGCUGCUCAAGUUCGCGAAGGAGCUCGGGUGGGCGGAUUACAAGCAGGCCAUGGGCGUCGCGGUGAAGCUGCCCGACGGCCGGUGGCGGCUGCACGUUAAGGGCGCGAGUGAGAUUCUGACGGACAGGUGCUCGCAGCAUCUCGUGGUGGAGCAGGACGGCUCGGGCGAGGCGAUUGAGAUAGCGCCGAUCGGUGAACUUCCCUCAAACGACGCCGUGGCCGCAGAGCUCAGGCGUGUAGGCCUCGCCGCGAAGGAACACACGAAAGCAAAACCAAAGACCAUGCACGGGCCCCACCUCUCCCCUCUCCGUUCUAUCACACCCUCUUGA